AAAGCUUUUUUACCUCAAAAUUUGCUGGAGCGUCAGCCCACUGUCAGUAGAUUUAGCUGCUGGUGAGUCCGUUUUCUGCGCCACCCAAGCCUGGCAGACCAGGGGUUGUACAGAUCUUUUUCAUCGCUUCGUUCCGACUCUCGGGGAGCCGAACCACCCACUCCCUUUGUUCUCGAAGUCCAUCGAUCGCACUUUAUUAAAAGAGCUUGGUAUUCAUUGAAAACGUGUGCGAGGGACUACUUCUUCGACUCCAAAGAACAACAACCUUUCCAUCCUCAUCGCGCCAGCUUUCGAGCCUGAACGAUGGUCCGGACCAAGGCGGCACGAGCAAUUUUGCGCGAAGCCGUCACACCCCAGUCGGCGCUCACGACGAGGAACUAUGCAACCGUAUCCCCAGCGCAAGCCAGCGGACGCAUGCACAGGGUCGUCUUGGUGGGAGGUGGAACGGCCGGACUCUCGGUCAGUCACCAGCUUCUCCGAUCUGGAAAAUUCGCCAAGGAUGACAUUGCAAUCAUCGAUCCUGCGACUUGGCACCACUAUCAGCCUGGAUGGACCCUGGCUGCUGGCGGCUUGAGAAAUAAGGACGAGUUCAAGCAGCCGCUUGCAAACCUGAUUGAUCCCAAGCUGAAGUUCUACAACACCGGAGUUGACAGCUUCGCCCCCGAAGAUCGCACCGUGACGCUGGCAAAUGGCGACAAGGUCACCUACGAGCAAUUGGUCGUCGCGCCGGGUAUCAAGACGGACACUUCGAGUAUCAAGGGCUUGCCAGAAGCUCUAGCGGAUCCCCAUGCUCCUGUAUCGUGCGUCUACACUUAUGAGACAUGCGAUAAGGUGGCAAAUACAGUCCAAGCUUUCAAGAAAGGAAACGCUAUCUUCACACAACCAGCGGGAGUUGUCAAAUGCGCGGGGGCACCUCAGAAAGUAAUGUGGCUCUCCUGGGAUUACUGGAAACGCAACGGCCUCUAUGACAACACCGCUUCCUCCCCCAUCCACAUCAGCUUUGCCACCGGACUUCCCGUAAUGUUCGGCGUCCCCAAGUACAACGCCAUCUUGGAUGCGCUCCGCAAAGAGCGCGGAAUCGAUGGCCUCUUCCAGCACGACCUUGUCUCCAUUGACGGCAACACCGUUACCUUCGCUCUCCCAGACGGAAGCAAAGUCGAGAAGAAAUUCGACUUCUUGCACGCGGUGCCGAAAAUGGGCCCUCACCCGUUCAUUAAAAACAGUCCUCUGGCGGAUGAGACGGGUUACGUCGCAGUGAACACCAACACCCUGCAGCAUAAGAAGUACCCCAACGUGUGGUCCCUCGGAGACGCUGCGAAUAUACCCACUUCGAAGACGGCAGCGGCUAUUACGGCGCAGACUCCUACCGUGGUGCAGAAUCUGAUGCUGUCUAUGGAGAACAAAGACGCUCCCCAUGUCUAUGAUGGUUAUACGUCCUGCCCGCUUACGGUUGGAGAGAAGAAGGUGCUUUUGGCCGAAUUCAAGUAUGGUGGCGAGCCUAAGGAGACGUUUGGACAGAUGUUCGGCAUUGAUCAGGGUACGCCGAGGCGGGCCUUCUUUCAUUUGAAAAAGGACUUCUUCCCUUGGGUGUAUAAGAAUUACAUGGUUAAGGGCGCUUGGGGAGGACCGAAGGGCUUCGUCAGGUAGCUGGGGAGGACGUGGGCUAUUCUGGAUCGU